AUGAAUGUUUUCAAUCCUCGCAUUCUUGAUGCCAGCAUCCGCGAUGUGACGGGGUGUCUGUCUGACGUUCAAAAGGCUGAUGUCCUUCUCCACGCUUUGCAGCAUUUGCCGUCCGAAGGGUCCCGAAUUGUCAUGGAGAAUGCUAUUCAGUCCUUUCUCCAAGUCUCAGGUGUUCCACCGGCAGAUGUCGCAAGAGCUCUUUUAUUACGUGCCAAAACCCGUUUAGCAGCUGGGUACCGAACUUCUGCACAACAAGAUUUGUUGUCCGUGUUAGGUUCAGAUCCCGCAAAUCAAGACGUCAAAGCCAUAAUACAAUCUGAGCAUUUGCGACAAGAAAUGCUUAUCAGGGAACCUGACGGUCCACCUCGUUUUUCUGCCGAAGUUUGGAGAGAAAUUGCUCUGUGUCUUCCCAAACGUGAUCUCAAGUCUCUUUUAUUGGUCCCACAUGCACUCUCUCGCAUCGCAAGUCAGCUUAUCUUCCGCGAGAUCGAUCUUCAUUUCACAGCAUCGCCGGACCCCCCGAGAGCCGAGAACAGAUACAGGGCUGUCAAUGGCAACCAGGAAGAACAGGAACUCGACGCCUGGCACUACCAGCGAAGUGCAGAUAUUCUUACCCGCAUUCUUGUCGAUCCCGUCUUUGCCUCGCAGGUCAGAAGCUUAAGCGUAUAUGCUGGUGUUUCAGACGCGUCACAUACAUUGGCGUUUCAGACUGGAAUGUUAAUUAACUCUUUGCCUAAGCUCUGCAACCUUCGCAGUGCGCAUUGUUCAGGCAACAGUGGAUUAAUCAAUCGCAUGCUUGAAACAUUGUGUGCCUCAAACCAUCGUCUUUACAGCCUGUCCAUCAAUCUUGUAGAUCGUUCGGGGGACAUUGAUAUCCCACCAUUCAAGCACAUUACACAUUUCUCCAUCACAGCUGAAGGAGGGAACAGCACAUCUACCCAUGACUUUAUAUCACAGAGUCAUGACAACCUACGCUCGCUGUCCAUCAAGAACGCAAACUGGAAAUUUCCAACGGAUGCCAUUUCCGUUCGUCACUUGACGAUCAUCGAGUUUGAGGGCUGUUUUUCCGUAGACAGCCAGGUCUUCUCGGAGAUCUUGUCCACCGGCCACCAACUGGAGUCACUAACAUUGUCAGGUAUUCUGGAAUGCACUCCAUCAGCAACGUUCCGCCUGCAUAGGUCCUCGCUUCCGUUUCUGACGCAUUUUGCUCUCAAUAUUAUCAGUCUGCAUCGGCAUGUCACAGACAGGGACCUCGUGCCUGCUAUCUCGGAAUUCUUGAGAGAUCGCAAGCAUCUUCAUUCCUUCCACCUCAUCGUGCCUAGCGGAGACCAUCGUCGCAUUGGUUUUGACGCGUCUGCUUGGGGCGUACUACCUUCUCUAACGAACCUCCGCAGUCUCUAUAUCACUUAUCCUAGAGAUCUUUCCCCUUCACUGGCAGGGUGGCUUAUUCCGCGGAGUGUUCGUGCGCUCACCAUGGAUAUUAUGGUACCGCCUGCAGAAGACCUUCUCCUUUUCAUAAACCAAUUGCGUCCCGGAGUCCCUCCCCUUCUCACGUUCAUUGGCAUGACAAACUUUCCGAUACGUUCCGUCAUCAACGUGAUCGACCAGGGCUUUUCCAAUGUGCGGCUUGUGCGUAUCGACGACAAUGUCUGGAGUGUUAUCCGCCUAGAUGAUGGGUCGAUAGAGAUGAUGGAGCAAUGGCCAUAUCGAAGGAUAAAGUACCACUCGGCAGCGUGGUUGGAGUGCCUCGAGUGCGAAGAUGCAAUAAGGCAUCUGAUAUGGUAA